AUGAGGAAUCACUUUCUUCAAACAAAAUACGAUAUUCGGUCAGAAAUUACGAGUUCCAGUCAGAAUUUGAACAAGUGGGAGAAAUGGGCAUAUGCACUGACACAUGCCUGCUGCUUGCCCCUUUUGUCAAGACAGUUGCAGCAACUGCAAGUGCAGGCCUCAGCAGGGACUGUUGGCUCUGCAGGCUUGGAAAAUCAUGGUAUGAUUCUGCUUGAAAUUGACAAAGCACAGGGGCUGGCGUCCGCUGUGUGCAGACGACAAUUUUGGAGCAAUGGUGGUAGGUUGAGGAUUGUGGCGUACGGUUUGCCUGCAUGUUGUGGCAUGAUGGACAGGGAUGUGUUGGACAUCCCUCAGGUUGUUGAAUGUCCUGGCUGGCAUGGCUGCAGAGUUUGCUCACUCAACUUUUGA